AUGAUGGACAAAGAGAACACCGUGUAUAAAGUCUACCACGAGGCAACGCCAGUAGUGGUGGCGCAAGGAAUUCCCUUGGAAACCCACGCGUACCACGUAGACCCCAGCGCUUCAGAGAGCCGCCGCGGCAAGUGCUUCAAUCUGUUCCAUGGUAUGCUGAUUGGCGUGAAUAUGCUGCUGGCCGUGGUUUCCGGCAUCUAUCUACUCUUUCUGCUGCUCAGUCUAAUCAAAUACGGUGAUUCUUCAGAUGGUGAGGGACGCUUGCGACCCUCUGAAGUGCUUGUCUCCAUUGGCUUUUGGGUUGGAGUCUUGGGCUUGUCGCUUCUGGGAGUUCACGCACUCCGCGGCAACAAUCCCUGCAUGCACACCGUCUACUUCCUCUGCCUGGUGGUGGGAUUUCUGUCUGCGCUUGCCCUGUCAUUGUGCUAUCCCAUCCUUCUGCUGCAGGAGUCCCUGCUGCGCCACAACUGGGAGAGGAUCGCCACGGAGGCACCACAAGAUAUUUGCGAGGUUGAAGUGCGGCUCCGCUGCUCUGGGUGGGAGACGCGGUGUGGACAGCAGGUGCCGAGUAACAGCUGCCCAGUGUGUAGCCCGAGCCAGCAGGAGGCGAUCAAUACGUUCGAUCAGACAUGCGAGGCUGUGCUGCAUGACUUCAAAGAUGUGGCCAAGGUGUCCCUUGCCGUUGGGCUACCCGUUGGGGCCCUCACGCUCGUCGGUAUGGUCGUGACAUGUCAACUGCGUCGCAGAGCGAAGCGCGAGGCGGUGCGGGGUGCGCCGUACUUCCUGAUGGAGGAGGGCAGCGGGUGA